AUGGCGUCCUGGCGGAGCAUUCGAAUAUUAAUGUUCCGGCGUCGUAUACUUCUAAUGUCAUUCGUCGCCAUAAUUGGGUUGUUUCUGAUCAAACGGUUCGUAAUGGAUAACGAGCCUCAUCACAGAAUGACGAAGAAGAAGGUUCUUUACAACUUGAUGGAAGAGACACCAAACAUGGCUAAACACGUCAAAGACUGCACAAUCGAGUAUGCCAACGAACACAAAUUACAGCAAGAUCAUCCGUGCCUGUUGGAUAUUAUUCGGCGUCAGUAUCUUAAUAAACCAUCACCUGCUGACGUGCCACUCUACCUGGACUACCCGAACAUCAAAGAUCAGUCCGCUGGUCAAGUGACGGCCGUCCUACGUUUACUGAGGAAUCUAACAAAAGGCUUUUUCAUCGAGAGUGGAGCAGCUGAUGGUGAAUCGUUUUCCAAUUCGCUUUUCCUUGAACGCGAUAUGAACUGGACUGGAUUGUUGAUCGAGCCUGAACCGAAAUCUUAUGGCAACCUGGCCAAACGCAAUCGUAAAUCGUGGACACUGCCGAAUUGCCUCAGUUUAGAAAAAUACCCAACCGAAGUAUCCUUUGACAAAACUGAAAUUACAGGCAAAAUUAUUGGCAGCAAAGUUUCGCAAUCUGAAAUGGCUAAAGGAAAAUUGACUAACGUCCAGUGUUUGCCACUCUAUUCCAUUUUGCUGGCCCACGGCCAGACCUGGGUGGAUUUCUUCAGCCUCGAUGUGGAAGGACACGAACUUCAAGUCCUCAAGACCAUCCCCUGGCAUAAAGUCAACAUCACCGUGGUGGCCGUUGAAUGGGAACAUGUCGAAGAAGGCUAUUACGCCGUCGUUGAUUACAUGAAAGAUCAAGGCUUCGUUAAUUUUGGAAGAAUCGCCACCCCUUACGCCAGAGAUGCUGUCUUUAUCAAGGAUUUCCUCGACGAUCUGCGGUACGACUACAUUGAUUACGAUGAGUAACGAGCUUCGAUGUACCCUACCGCAUCAAACGAGAUCAGCUGGCUUUAAAGCUCCCGAGUGGUGCAUUUCAUAACACAAAUGCGAUGUUCUAUUUGAUAAUGUGAACGUAACGACAAUUAAAA